UCUGGGGCAGUAACAUGGCUAUACAGUCCUGGCGCCCUGGACUCCUGUUGCUUAGUAACGUCCUUAAACAACAGAAACCUUUUCCUGCCCACCUCUGUGUAGAGAAAAAGAGAGUGGAAGAGGGAGGGUGCAACUGGGGCAUUGAGAGUGCAUAUUUCAGGACUAAACUCAACUCUAAAUCUAUUCAUCCACAUAUGAAAGGUGUUUUCAAGUUUGAUACUACCAUAAACUAUACUCUAAUGGAGUCCACUAACUGAAACAUCAGAACGUCUACAGUGUUUUGCAAUUGCAAGAUACAGCAUUGUCUGAAAACGGAAUUGUCUAUGAUUGUAAGGAACAUGGUUCUCAGGUGGCAGGGAAUGGCCAGUUAGCUGCUGACAGACACACUACACUGCUACCAAACUUCCCAGGCCAGAUCAACUGGUCGAACCUCUUCACUCUACUGUAGAUAAAGCAUGCACCAUGGCUAAAGGAGGGAAGAAAGGAGGAGGUGCUAAGGGGAAGAAGGUGACUCUGAAGAUGGCCAAGAACGCUGUGCGUGUGACCACUGAUGGCCACCGCAGACUGGACCUCAGUAAUAUGGGGAUCGCAACCUUCCCCAAGUGUCUCCUCAAACUACCAGACCUCAACGAGCUGGACCUCAGCCGCAACCAACUCAAGAAGCUACCAGACUUCAUUGGUGACCUGGUCUCGCUCAGCUGGAUGGAUCUCCAUAGCAACCAGUUGGACGCCAUACCGGAGACAGUCAGCCAAUUGGUGGCGCUGUCACACCUCAACCUAUCCAACAAUCGCCUGACCUCUGCAGGUCUACCCCCUUCGCUAGGCAACCUAGCCCGCCUACGGAGCCUCAACCUGGGCAUGAACCGCCUGGACACCCUGCCUCCCACCAUGGUGGGGCUUUGUAGUCUCCAAGAGCUGGGCCUGUUUGAUAACCUGUUCCUCUCCCUGCCUGAGUUUAUCAAGGUGUUACCGAGCAUUAUCAGACUCAACACCAAGAGGAACCCUUUGUCCUACGCUCAGGGAGACUCGGGAGCGACGAGGGGUGAAGGGGGGCUGGAGGAGGGGGUGUACCUGGCUAAGGAGGGAAGUCUGUGUGGGUCCUGUUUGGAGAGUUGCAAGAAGGAGAGGAGCUGGAUGCUAGGAGGGAGGAGGGAUAGAGAAGGUGAUGCGGAGAGCAGGGGUGUGCCGUACUCCGGGCUGGUUACACCAAACUCAGUGGCCCAAGCCAAUCAGGAACAGUGGAGGUGAGGAGUGACCAAUAAUGGUCCAGGGAGAGGUUUGACACUCAAGGACAGCCAAUGAACAACGGGAUAUAGUUCUACAUAGCCAAUGAGCAAUUGAGCACAGUUCUAUGAUGUGAUGAUUGAUUCAAAUAGACAGUGCUCAAACCAACAAAAUGGACAACAAUGUUGCCAUUGUAAUUUUCUAAUGAAUAUACUUUUCUAUUGAAGUCAGGUCAUGUCAAUAUACGUCACAAGGCACUGUGUCACUGUUUGUUUAGGUCGACAAUGAACGUUAGCUGAAUUUACAGUAUUUCUUAUUUUACCUGUGAAACAAUGAUUCCACAGGCCAUUAAGAGAGGUUGCCUUCAGUCUUUAUGUUGUAAAAUGUUUAAAAAUAAUGUCUUGAAAAUUUGCAGUGGGUUCUUUCUGUUUCUUCUAUAUACAUUAUCAACCUGUUGUAUAUGUGUAUGUGCCCACAUUCACCUGGCAUUAGUUAUGACCUCAGCAAUCCCUCUAACGUCACCUCAAUGCUGGCACCACUGAACAAUGUGUAUAGAGAGAGUAGGACGGGAGAAAGAGAGAGGUAAAAGGGGAAGAAAUAACGAGGAGGUGAGGUAGAAAGAGAGGGAAAUCUCUCUCUCUCUCUCUCUCCCUCUCUCUCUCUCUCUCUCUCUCUCUCUGGUUUCCUGCGGCAAACGGCAAAGACCUCACACACGUACAGACUGUCUCUCCCAAACAACAGCAGCCCCUCUGUUACAGACAGGCCACUGAUCACCACCAUACACACAUUAGCUUUAACCUGGAAGAGAGAGGACACAGAGAGUCCGUGUUGCAUCAUCAUCGGAGGACAUGACAGUGUACAUCAAAGUGGGCUAUAAGGCUAUAAAUAUUGAACAAAUGAA